GUGUUUCGACUUGCGAGUAUUAACGAAAAGAAGGUAGCGUAAUUGAAAAAAAAAAAAAAACGGUUUCAAUUAAUCCAGUAUUGUGAAUUGUCGUUGAAUUUACCAAUUAAAAAAAAAAAGACACGUCGUUGCCCAAAAUCCGACGUUUCCCGCGAUCUCCAAUCUCAAACUGAAAAAGUUUGAGUCCACGGUCCACCAUCUCGUGUGCGACUAUCUUUUUUUAUUCAGUUUCCACUGAAAACUUCCCCUCCAUUUCUCUCUCCUCAAUUUCUAAUCUACCUUCACUCUUUCUUCUAUCUUCUAAGAUCGAUUUUCUCCACUUCAAACCCUAAAUUUCCUAAAUUCAUUCGUCAAAAAACCUAAUUCGUCGUCUUUUUCGUCAUUGAUGACGCAAUUUAUGAGUUGAUUAAGCUAGGGUUUUGAGUUUUGAAAGCUUCAGAGAAGAGAAAAUGGCGAGGGUUCAAGAAAAUUGGGAGCGCUUAGUUCGAGCGACUCUUCGGCGCGAGCAGCUUCGAACUACCGGUCCUGGCCAUGAGCGUCAACCUAGCGGACUUGCUGGAGCUGUUCCACCUUCACUUGGCCGAGCCUCGAAUAUUGAUGCGAUAUUGCAGGCUGCUGAUGGGAUUCAAGACGAGGAUCCUAAUGUCGCUCGCAUUUUGUGUGAGCAGGCAUAUUCAAUGGCACAAAAUCUGGAUCCGAGCAGUGAAGGCAGAGGUGUCCUCCAGUUCAAGACUGGUUUGAUGUCUGUGAUUAAGCAAAAACUUGCUAAACGGGACGGAGCUCAAAUAGAUCGUAGCCGUGAUGUUGAACGUUUAUGGGACUUUUACCAUCGAUACAAGCAAAGACAUAGAGUGGACGAUAUUCAACGUGAAGAACAAAAAUGGCGGGAAUCUGGAGUCAUGAGUACCAAUUUUGGAGAAUUGGCGGGGAUGAGGAAGGUGUUUGCUACACUGCGGGCUCUGAUUGAGGUGAUGAAGGAAUUGAGCAAGGAUGCAGCUCCUGAAGUGGGAAAAUUAAUUAUGGAGGAACUAAGAAGAAUUAAGAAAUCAGAUGCUACUUUGUCUGGUGAGCUCACACCAUAUAAUAUUAUUCCCCUGGAAGCACCGUCAUUGACCAAUGCUAUUGGAGUUUUCCCGGAGGUUAAAGGGGCCAUAUCUUCUAUAAGGUAUAAUGAUAGCUUUCCCAGACUUCCUGCUGCCUUUGAGAUUCCUGGCCACCGGGAUGCAGACAUGUUUGAUCUUCUUGAAUUUGUCUUUGGUUUCCAGAGUGACAACAUAAAAAAUCAGCGUGAAAAUGUUAUUCUUUUGGUUGCAAAUUCGCAAUCUCGUCUAGGACUUCCAGAUGAACGUGAUCCUAAAAUAGAUGAAAAAGCUGUAAAUAUGGUUUACAAGAAAGUGUUGGACAAUUAUUUUAAAUGGUGCAAGUAUUUGCGGAUACGGAUGGCAUGGAAUAGUUCUGAUGCAAUUACCCGGGAGAGGAAGCUCUUUUUAAUAUCGUUGUACUUUCUUAUUUGGGGGGAGGCUGCCAAUGUCCGUUUUCUCCCGGAAUGUAUUUGCUACAUAUUCCACAAUAUGGCGAAGGAGCUAGAUGCAAUCUUGGACCGUGGAGAAGCAUGUGUGGCAGAAAGUUGUAAAUUGGAAAAUGGCUCAGUCGCCUUUCUUGAGCAAAUCAUACACCCUAUAUAUGAGACAAUAGUUAAGGAAGCGGAAAGAAAUAACAAUGGGAGAGCAGCACAUUCAGCGUGGAGAAAUUAUGAUGAUUUCAAUGAAUAUUUCUGGUCACGAUCGUGCUUUGAGUUGGGGUGGCCAAUGAAGGAGUCAUCACCAUUUUUGAGGAAGCCAAAAAAAUGGAAAAGGACAGCAAAAAGCAGUUUUGUUGAGCACCGGACGUUUCUCCACUUAUAUCACAGUUUUCAUCGCAUGUGGAUCUUUUUGGCUAUAAUGUUUCAGGUCUUAACAAUUAUAGCUUUUAAUGCGGAUGACCUGAAUCUCAACACAUUCAAGGUCCUACUGAGCGUUGGGCCAACUUUUGCUGUCAUGAAUUUUGUGCAGAGUUGCUUGGAUGUUCUUCUCAUGUUUGGUGCCUACACAAGAGCAAGAGGCAUGGCAAUUUCAAGGCUGAUUAUUAGGCUUUUUUGGUGGUGUCUAAGUACUGUAGCUGUUAUAUAUUUCUAUCUGAGGGUUCUACAGGAUUGGAACCGGCAGCAGACUAAUUCAUCAUCUUUCCGCAUCUACAUUCUUAUGCUUGGUGUUUAUGCUGGGGUGCGCCUGGUUUUUGCUGUGUUGUUGAAGAUGCCUGCAUGUCAUGCUUUGUCUCAAAAAUCUGAUCAGUCAUUCUUUCGAUUCUUUAAAUGGAUAUAUCAGGAGAGGUACUUUGUUGGACGUGGCCUAUAUGAAAAGCCUAUAGACUAUGCAAGAUAUGUCCUCUAUUGGUUGGUGAUCUUCGCGUGCAAAUUUACUUUUGCAUACUUCCUCCAGAUUCAGCCUCUAGUCGAGCCUACAAAAAUUAUUGUGACGCUUCCUUCUAUUCGAUAUUCAUGGCAUGAUUUAGUCUCGAAAAAUAAUCAUAAUGCGCUGACUAUAGCUAGUCUAUGGGCUCCUGUCAUUGCUAUUUAUAUAAUGGAUAUUCACAUAUUUUACACACUUUUGUCGGCCCUUAUCGGUGGUGUAAUGGGUGCACGAGCUCGACUAGGCGAGAUACGUUCAAUUGAAAUGGUGCAUAAACGGUUUGAGAGCUUCCCUGCAGCAUUUGUGAAGAACAUGGCAUCUCCAAAAACAAGAAGAAUGCCUUUUGAUCGACAGAAUCUUGAGACAGCGCAAGACAAUACCAAAACAUAUGCUGCUGUUUUUGCUCCUUUUUGGAAUGAGAUCAUCAAAAGUUUGCGUGAAGAAGAUUUUAUCAGCAAUCGAGAGAAAGACUUGCUCUCUAUGCCCAGCAAUGCGGGUACUCUUCCCCUUGUUCAGUGGCCCCUCUUUCUUCUUAAUAGUAAGAUUUUGAUGGCGAUUGACCUUGCUUUGGACUGCAAAGAUACACAAGCUGAUUUAUGGAAUAGAAUAUGUAGAGAUGAUUACAUGGCUUAUGCGGUUCAAGAGUGCUACUAUAGUAUAGAAAAGAUCUUACGCUCCAUAGUUGAUGGUGAAGGGAGACACUGGGUUGAAAGGAUCAUUCGUGAAAUCAAUGAUAGCAUAAGGGAUGGUGCACUUGUUAUAACUCUAUCCCUGAAGAAGAUUCCAUUGGUGCAAUCAAGAUUUACUGCAUUGACAGGGCUUUUGAUAAGAAAUGAAACUCCUGAGCUCGCAAAAGGUGCUGCAAAAGCUCUCUAUGAUUUUUAUGAGGUGGUGACACACGAUUUGCUGUCAACUGAGCUUAGGGAGCAAAUUGAUACAUGGAACAUAUUAGCUAAAGCUAGAAAUGAAGGGCGUCUAUUUUCUAGGAUAGAGUGGCCAAAGGAUCCUGAAAUAAAAGAGCUAGUGAAGAGACUGCAUUUGCUACUUACUGUGAAGGAUUCAGCAGCUAAUGUACCAAAAAAUCUAGAAGCGAGAAGACGAUUAGAGUUUUUUACGAAUUCCUUAUUCAUGGACAUGCCUCCAGCAAAACCUGUGUCGGAGAUGAUUCCUUUUAGUGUAUUCACCCCAUACUACAGUGAGACGGUGCUAUAUAGUUCUUCAGAUUUGCGGGUGGAAAAUGAGGAUGGAGUAUCUAUACUGUUCUAUCUCCAGAAGAUUUUUCCAGAUGAGUGGGAAAAUUUCUUGGAGCGGAUCAAUCGAGGAGAUUCUUCUGGAGAUGUAGAUUUUGAAGAAAGUUCUAGUGAUAACUUGGAGCUACGUUUUUGGGUCUCUUAUCGCGGACAGACUUUGGCUAGGACAGUGCGUGGCAUGAUGUACUACAGACGAGCAUUAAUGCUUCAAGGUUUUAUGGAAAGGAGAGGAUUAAUAGAAGAGGACACGAGUUCAUCAACUAAUGAGUUAGCAAGCGUUGGAUUUGAUUUGUCAAGUGAGGCACGGGCGCAAGCAGAUCUCAAGUUUACUUAUGUUGUCUCUUGCCAAAUUUAUGGACAGCAAAGGCAGAGAAAAGCUCCAGAGGCUGCAGAUAUUAAUUUAUUGCUACAGAGGAAUGAAGCACUUCGAGUUGCUUUUAUUCACCUGGAGGAAAGUGCUGGAGCUGAAGGUGCCAUUUUAAAGGAAUAUUACUCCAAGCUAGUCAAAGCUGAUAUGAAUGGAAAAGAUCAGGAAAUAUAUUCAAUCAAGCUUCCUGGAGACCCGAAACUUGGUGAAGGGAAGCCUGAGAACCAGAAUCAUGCAAUUAUUUUUACGCGUGGAGAAGCCAUUCAAACUAUUGAUAUGAAUCAGGAUAAUUACCUUGAGGAGGCAAUUAAAAUGAGAAACCUUCUCGAGGAAUUUAAUGCAAAACAUGGUAUCCGUCCUCCAACUAUUCUUGGUGUCAGGGAGCAUGUAUUUACAGGAAGUGUUUCUUCUCUCGCUUGGUUUAUGUCCAAUCAAGAGACAAGCUUUGUGACGUUAGGUCAGCGAGUUUUGGCAAAACCUCUCAAAGUGCGUAUGCAUUAUGGACAUCCAGAUGUGUUUGAUCGUAUAUUCCACAUAUCUCGUGGUGGCAUUAGUAAGGCGUCUCGUGUUAUUAAUAUCAGUGAGGAUAUAUUUGCUGGUUUCAACUCCACCCUGCGGCAAGGAAAUAUCACACAUCAUGAGUACAUACAGGUUGGUAAAGGAAGAGAUGUUGGCUUGAACCAGAUUGCUCUCUUUGAGGGUAAGGUUGCUGGAGGAAAUGGAGAGCAGGUUCUCAGCAGAGAUGUGUACAGACUUGGACAGCUUUUUGACUUCUUCAGGAUGCUUUCUUUCUACUUCACUACUGUGGGUUAUUACGUGUGCACUAUGAUGACAGUUCUUACUAUAUAUAUUUUCUUAUAUGGAAGAGUAUACCUGGCAUUCUCAGGAUUGGAUGAAGGAAUGGCAAGAGAUGCCAGAAUGUUUGGAAGCGCUGCUCUGGAUGCAGUUCUUAAUGCACAAUUCUUAGUUCAAAUUGGAGUUUUUACAGCAGUACCCAUGAUAAUGGGUUUCAUACUAGAACUUGGAUUGCUAAAGGCUAUCUUCAGUUUCAUUACCAUGCAGCUGCAGUUAUGUUCAGUCUUCUUCACAUUCUCAUUAGGAACAAGGACACAUUAUUUUGGACGUACGAUCUUGCAUGGAGGUGCCAAAUAUAGAGCUACUGGUAGGGGAUUUGUCGUCCAGCAUAUCAAGUUUGCUGAGAACUACAGGCUUUACUCUAGAAGUCAUUUCAUUAAGGCGCUUGAAGUGGCAUUGCUGCUUUCUGUAUACAUUGCGUAUGGCUACACAAGGGGUGGUGCUGUCUCUUUUGUGUUGUUGACGCUCAGCAGUUGGUUCCUCGUUAUCUCUUGGCUCUUUGCUCCAUAUAUCUUUAAUCCUUCAGGCUUUGAAUGGCAAAAGACUGUCGAAGAUUUUGAUGACUGGGUCAGUUGGCUUCUUUACAAAGGUGGAGUUGGUAUAAAAGGAGAACAUAGCUGGGAAUCUUGGUGGGACGAAGAACAGAUGCAUAUCCAUACUUGGAGGGGUCGUAUUCUUGAAACAAUUUUGAGCUUGAGGUUCUUCAUGUUCCAGUAUGGUAUUGUCUACAAGCUUCAUGUCAUGCCAUCGAACACAUCACUGGCGUUGUAUGGCUUCUCCUGGAUUGUUCUAGCAGUCAUCGUCGUCAUAUUUAAGAUAUUCAGUUUCAGUCCCAAAAAGUAUGCUGGAUUCCAGCUGUGGAUGCGUUUUUUUCAGGGUGUCACUGCCUUGGGACUUGUGGCAGCCAUUACUCUUGUUAUAAUCCUCACUGAACUCACUAUUCCAGACUUGUUUGCUUGUGUCCUCGCUUUCAUUGCCACCGGUUGGGGAAUUCUUUGUCUUGCGAUCACUUGGAAGAAGUUGGUGAGAAGCAUAGGGUUAUGGGAUUCCGUCAGGGAGUUUGCUAGAAUGUAUGAUGCUGGAAUGGGUAUGAUCAUCUUUGCACCCAUUUCAAUCCUUUCGUGGUUCCCAUUCAUAUCAACCUUCCAGUCUCGGCUUCUCUUUAACCAAGCCUUCAGUCGAGGUCUUGAGAUUUCAAAGAUUCUUGCUGGAAACAAAGCCAAUGUCCAGAUGUGAGGAAUGGAAAAAGUAAGCUCCGCAUGUGCUCGUAAACAUUCAUCUAUUAUGCGGAAAAGCUACUGAGUUCAAAGUUCUAAAUUGAGGACUGCUCUGACACUAAAGCGCACUGAUCAUGGCUUCUGAUGUUUUGAGCAUAGCAUUCUUUUGUAUCAUUUUUGUAGCGUGUCUUUUUUAAUCUGUAUUGUUCUUUUUUUUCUUUUUUGGGGCUUUAUUUUUUUUGAGAAGAAAGGGAGGGGACUGGGGAGAGCGGUUCUGUAAAUUAUCGAUGAUACAGAUAUGAAAUAGAAGUAUAUUAUUACGAGAA